AUGGACAUUAACAAGGACGUGGAAAGAAUAGACCAGGAUGUAGCAACGAUUGUGACAAAGACAAUAGAAAUAGAAGAUAAAAUGAAUAAACAAGAAAAUGAAAUAGAGAAGAUUGGAAGAAAUAUGAAUAAAAAUACACAAGAAAUAGAAAAAGUAAAAAGUAUAGAAGAGAAGAUACAAGAACGAGAUAAUGUUAUUGUUCAAGAAAUUGAAAGGAUUGAUAGGCAAAUAAAGAACAAUCAAGAAAAAAUUAAUAAGGUGGAAGAAAAUUUAAAUAAAAGAAGCCCAGAAGAAGGAAAUGAAGAACAAAAGAGACAAUGGUUACGAAUAAAGGAAAGUUUAGAAAAAGAGAUGCAAGAUUUGAAACAGAAGUACGCAGCAAACCAAGUGGAAACAUGA